AUGCCAGCACUCUCAGAACACCUCGUUGCCGCGAUCAAGAAGUCCGUCUCCGACGGCUUCGACCAACAGCUAGCCUAUACACAGAAGUUAAUUCGCUUCGGAGGCCAACGUGGCCAGGAGACAGAGGUCCAGAACUUCGUCUUUGAGCAGUUCGCAGACCGGGGCUAUGAUCCAGUCAAAUUUGACAUGGAUGAGCAAGCGCUCUCACAACAUGUCGGCGCUGGCAGGUUCAGUGCCACGCAUUCGCAUGCACCGAUUGUCGUCGGCACGCACAAGCCAAAAGCGCAACAUGCCGAGGGGAAGAGUCUCAUUUUGAACGGGCAUAUUGACGUCGUCCCUCUGGGGCCCGUGGAUAUGUGGAAAGACGAGCCGUACAGUGCUCAUAUUGAAGGGGACAAGCUUUACGGAAGAGGGUCCGGCGACAUGCGGAGCGGCCACGCUGCGAAUGUAUGGGCUCUUGAUGCGCUGAAGCGUAUUGGCCUCCAGCCAGCAUCAGAGGUCAUUUUGCAGUCUGUCGUGGAGGAGGAGUCUACGGGCAAUGGCACGCUGAUGACACAUCUAAAGGGGUACAAGGCAGACGCUGUCCUCAUUCCGGAACCAAUGCAGGAACAGCUUGUUCGGGCAAAUGUGGGUGUCUUGUGGUUUCAGAUCGAGGUCCGCGGCAGGCCGGUCCAUGUCAGGGCUAUGGGAACCGGUGUCAAUGCUGUCGACGCAUGUUGGAAGGUAGUAGGGGCCUUGAGAGAAUUGGAGGCUGAGUGGAAUGACCGCCACGUCAGUGCACAAUAUUUCGAAAACGAGAAACACCCUCUCAACUUGAACGUUGCAAUUGUGAAUGCUGGAGACUGGGCAAGCUCGGUUCCUGCUUGGUGCCGCAUAGAUUGUCGGAUAGCAAUCGUUCCUGGUGUCACUGCCAAAUCCGCUGCAGAGGAGAUUGAGAAGAAGGUGGCAGAUUUCUCUCGGAACGACCCCUAUCUCAGUGCAAACCCGCCAAAAGUGAUAUGGAACGGCUUCUACUCUGAAGGUUACGUCCUUGAGCCUGGCAGCGAGGCCGAGAAUGUGCUGCGCCAGGCCCACAAGCAAGCGACUGGCCAGGAAUUAACGUGCCAGACAUCAACCGCCUACCUUGACGCCCGUGUUCACAGCUUGUAUGACAAAAUACCUGCUUUGGUUUAUGGCCCGAUCAGCGGGGAUAUUCACGGCUUUGAUGAAUGGGUAAGCAUCGAGAGCAUAAAAAGGGUGACGACCGCAAUGGCACUAUUCAUCGCGGAAUGGUGUGGAGUAGAGAAGAUAUAG